AAAGUAUACGUUGUGUUGAUCCGUCCUUUUUCUACCGUCUUCAACCCAUCGUUUGAGGCCAGCAGCUCGUGAAUGAGUUUGUUAGAGAGGGAGAGAGUAAUUAGGAGGUAGCUGGAGAGAAUAUUGCAUUGGUUAGUUAGUUAGUUUGGAUCUUGUAGCAGAGUUUGUUAUGCUACAUAUGGCUGCAUCUUCAGCCUUUGAAAUAAGCAGAUUUCCCACCAAUGCAAAUUUCACUUUUCUCUUGUUCUAAGCUCGCAUAGCAGAGCCUCAAUUUUCUCACCAAGAAAUCGGCAGCUCAGAACAGAAUUCAACAAUUGCUUCUCCCACUCUGACAAAACGAGAACUUCCCCCCUUUCUCUCGCGCGUUUUUGUUUGUCUUCUCUCAUUUCUUGAACACACUCUAGCUGUUCGACGAAAUGCCUGAAUCAUGCACUCCCUCACCACCGCACCCUCUUUUUCUUCCCUUUCUUUCCAUUUCUUUCCCCACCGCCACCGCCACACCCUCUUUCAGUUAACUCCUCCCUUCAUCUUCUCCUUCCGGUACACCACCGCCAAGAGGCUCCAGGUGCAGCUCCACGUGGAGGAGGAGAAAUCACUGAGGAAGAAAAAAGGGAGGAAGGGUCUUUGCUGCAAGGAGGACUUGGGUGGGGCCGAAGAGGAAGUGUUCUCUCCGCUGGAAGCGGAGAUUCUUGAGUUCAUGCGGAGCUCCAAGAAACCAUCAGCAUUUCCGACGAGGGAGGAGCUGGUGGCUUCUGGGAGGGUUGAUUUGGUUGAUGCCAUUGUUACCAAAGAAUGCUAUCUUGUUUAUGGCUGGGAUUUGGAUCGUGGGUCACGUGAAAGUUACGAUUUUGAUGGUGCUUCUGUUGCUGAGAUUCAUGGUCAAGCAUCAAGGGCUUCUGGGUUUUCUUCCUCUUCUGAUGACGAUAACUCUUGCCAGCAAGCCAAAUCAAUGGAUAUCGAAGUUGAGGAGUCAGGCAUUGAGGGUAUAUUGAAUCGGCUGGAGAGACAGAGAAGUAAUUCCUUUGGACUUGGGUUAACAGAGAAAGAUGAAAGUGAUCCUUCCAGAAACAGUGAAGAUAAAAAUACAGUAAGUACUCUUCAUGGUGGUUUGAUCAAACAUGAUCAGCACAGAUCUCAAUUAGGCAGUGAAAAUUUAAGAAACUCCCUUGAGCCUGACACAUGGAGAAGUUGGAUUAUCCAGAGGAAUGGUUCUUCAAAUGUAGAUUUUGAAGCUGCUGAAAUUGUUCCUAGUGAAAUUAGGGAGUCUUCUGCUGAACCUGCAAAUAGAGAAGCAGGGUUCAGUUCUCUUGAUGGGGAUGCAAAUCACAAGGAUAUCAAAUCCCGUAUCCGGAAUCUGGAAUCAGAGCUAUCCUCUGCACUUCAUUCGUUGAGAUCUAAAGCUGAUUAUGUUACAAUGCAGAUGGAUCAGAAGAACUCAUCAGAUGAUCUAGCAAAGUAUUCCGAUGCUUGGGAAUUCCAAGAAACUGAGAUAAUGAAUGCUCAGGACAGGCUGCGCUCCAUACGUGCUAAGUUGUCAGUAUUAGAAGGAAAGAUGUCAUUGGCAAUAAUGGAUGCACACAAAAUUGUUGAAGAGAAGCAGAAGAGGAUUAAUAAUGCUCACAGAGCCUUGCAAAUUCUGAAGAUGAUUUGUGUAGUUUGGCAUAAUCCAGCUUCACAAGUAUAUUUAGUAGGAUCCUUUGAUGGUUGGUCCACCCAGAGAAAAAUGGAGAAAUCAAAUACUGGCAUGUUUUCUUUGAACUUGCAGCUAUAUCCUGGAAAAUACGAGAUCAAAUUCAUUGUUGAUGGUGAAUGGAAAGUUGAUCCACUGCGGCCUAUUGUUGUUACCGACAAAGGUUAUGAGAACAAUCUCCUCGUGGUUCCUGAUUAGUGUAUGAUAGUGUGUGCGAUUGUGCUGAGAUAGAAUCUGUAGAUCAGAAAAGAGUAUCACAGGCAUUAGGCUAGUACCCGAAAUCUUUUUUGCUCCUCAUUUCUUCACAGGAAAAACCAAAUGUUUGGGGUGGUUUCAAACAUUUAGGACAGUAUAUUUUCCUUUUUCCACUCAUGUACAGAGUAGUGAGUAGUUCAUUGAUUCUUUUAACUAGUGCAUCUUAGUGUAACAUGCAACACAAACACGUAUGGAUAUAUUGACUGAUGUCGAAAUUAAUCCCAUUCAAUUCUUUUUCCACAUAUUCAUGUAAUCUUUAAGUGGUUUCACACCCUGUGUAUAAUGUGAUUCUCAUGCUCUUUGAUUA